GGGCGAACGGAAUGCGCAGACGCGGCCGACAAACUUACACGCGCUACCAAACUCUGGAGCUCGAGAAGGAAUUCCACACGAACCACUAUCUCACCAGGCGGAGGCGGAUCGAGAUGGCACACGCGCUCUGCCUGACGGAACGGCAAAUCAAGAUCUGGUUCCAGAAUCGGCGAAUGAAGCUGAAAAAGGAGUUGAGGGCAGUCAAAGAGAUCAACGAGCAAGCCAGACGCGAGCGCGAGGAGCAAGAUAUGAUGAAGAAACAGCAGGCGGAGAAACAGGCCAAGUUACAGCAGGAGCAGCAGAGCGCCGCCCUUCAGCAUCAGCAGCAGCAUCACGAAGACACAAGAGACUGGAGCGGCCUGGACGAAGACUCCGAAGCGAAGUAGUUGGUAAGGUCGAUCACGUAGAAGAUCCUGAGUUCUCUUCCUCUCAUCUUCGCACGCGAGAAACAGGUACGAAACAUCUGAUGCAAAGAUUUUUGCGAUCUUCCUCGAGUCGGUGAGCCGGUAGAGCUCGCAAGUAAAGAACCUUGCGGAUCCAUGCGGUCAUCGGUCUUUCUUCUUUUUUUUUAUCAAGAGGGGAAGAUAGCGAGGAUUUAGGAAGCCUGGAAGAUACACAGAGCGCGAUCUUCUCUGAGCGACCGAGAAAAAAAGAUACGACGAAUGCCUUGCUGAGUCGGUUCUCUCUUUUGUUUUUUUAAGCAAGAAAGAAAAAAAAAUAAGUAGAUGUUACGAUAGUAAAA